AUGAAUUACUACGAUAAUUAUCCACUCUAUUACUAUUCGCAAGACAACGCUAGUCUCGAAGAGCAAUUGAAUUUGUUCAAUCAACAAGCAACAAAAGAGCUGUCAGUGGAACAGCUACUAUCGACACCUAUCCCAACAAUGUAUAUUCCUCAACCAUCUUAUCAAGCGCAACCACAGCAGUAUCAGCCAUCAUCACCUUCAUCAUCCCUGUCAUCUUCUCCAAGUGAUAAAGAUAGCCAGAGUCCAAUUUUGCAUGAUCAAUUUCUGGAUGAAUUGUUCAUCCCUGAAAUGGAACUACACCAACUUCCCACGCUCGCAACAGCAGUGUCUUCUUGUAAUCACAAUAACAAGGUAGUGAAGGCGAAAAAGAAGCCUUUGUCGUACAAGAAAUCUUAUCCUCCAGGUCAAUGCACAUUGCCCAUUCGUGUCGCAACACAUAAGCCAGUUCGACCGCCUCGACAUUUGGAGUGUUUUAACUGUAAGAUCACAAAAACUCCUUUAUGGCGUCGCACGCCGGAUAGAUUACAAACACUUUGCAAUGCAUGUGGAUUAUACUACAAACAAUACAAUCAACACAGACCAAUCCAUAUCAGACACAAGCCCACAGGCGUGAAUACAACUACAAGCACUCCUGCUCUGUUGCGCCCACCUUCCUAUCAGCAAGAAAAGUGGAUUGCACCCAUCGAAUUUGAGCAGCAACAUCAGCACCAGCAAUCGCCCUCACCAUCCUCCUCGCCGCGUUCAGAACAACACGAUGACAUUGAAUGCAUCAACUGUCAACAAACCAAUACUCCUUUGUGGCGUAAGAAUGAGAACGGAGACCCUUUAUGCAAUGCCUGUGGUUUGUAUGCCAAACUCAAUCAUCGCAACCGGCCCGUUGAGAUGAGAAAAUCCACCAUUCAAAGGCGAAGAAGAGACUGGGCCUCUUCUUGUGAUGCAGCAUCCCAGCAGCAAUCAUCGCUAACAAAAUCAGACUCCAUGGCUCCCUUUCUAACCACAUUUCCGUCGGCCGAGGUCUCUGAUAUGAACAAGGCUGAAAUUCAGGAUUAUCUGGGCUUAUUAGAACAUAAAUGUGAUUUGCUUCGACAUGUUCUUGAUAAAUAA